AUGCAAAGUACUAUUAAAGAGUUAUUGGAUGCUUUGGGAUGUAAUUUAGAAGCAGACACUGUAUUGGACUACAUUCAGAAUGAUCCUAAUUACGGCAAUAGCAAUCUGUCUUCAAAGCAAGUUAACGAGUACGCACAAAGAUUGGCUUUAAAAGCGUCGAACGCAAAGACAUUUUUAAAGAAAUAUGAUGACUUAAAAAGUCGAAACACUGAUAAUUUGUCAGACUUGAUAGUGUUAUUUUACAAACUGGUUUGUGAUGAAAAGAGAUCCCGAUUUAGUAAGCCAAAGGUGGCACCAAAACCAAUACUAGGAGAUAAUAAACUUCAGAUCACUAAAGAGGACUUGCCACAGAUAAAAGACAAACUGCUAAAAGCUGUAGAUGAAAGCAAAAAAUUAGUUAUGAAGUCGUUUGAAGAGAAAGAAGCGAAACUCCGUCCAAAUUGGUACAACAGUUUAGAUUUACCAAAUUGGCAAAAGGAUCAUCCAGCAAUGUCUUGGGAUUUCCCUAAGGAACCAACACCAAUUAUAGCAUCAUUAGCAGGAAUACCCAUAGCUUCACAAGAAAAUAUCAUAAUAGAUGAGAUUCUUUAUGUUUUCUCUGGUAUACCCGGCAAUUAUAUAGUUCAUCAACCUGUGAAAGACACAUAUGACCCAAGAACAUUUUCAAUAUCGGACGAUCUUGAUGAUGCCUUGAAACAAAUUGUGCAACAGAUGCUUCCUUUGGCAUCUAAUUACUCUAUAGUGCGGAGGUUCAUAGAACAUUGCAACAUGUGGUCUGGGCAAGUGUUACAUGCAUUAGUCUCAGCAAUAGAGAUGUUAUUGAAGGAUUAUUAUACUAUGAUAGCUCAAUUGGAGACUGAGCAUAUGUCAGGAAAUUUGUCAUUGCAGAAGCUAUGGUAUUUCGUUUUACCCACCAUGCACACCAUGCAAGUGUUAGCUGCUAUUGUCACAAACAUUGGAAAGAGUGAGUUGCGCGGUGGAGCUGUAUUAACUGUACUCCAUGAUAAAACAAACACACUGAUGGGUGACGCUAGGGCACAAGAAAUCUCCUUGUUCCUGACUGAGCGUGCCUGCCGUCCCUACUUGAGGAUCUUAGAUCAAUGGAUACAUAAAGGGACCAUUGUUGAUCCAUUCCAGGAGUUCCUGAUUGAGGACAAUGAGCUGGUUAACAAGGAGGAGCUUCCUGUGGACUAUUCGGCAGACUAUUGGGAGAAGAGAUACAGCGUGCAAAAGGAAAGGGUGCCCAAGUUCCUGGACAAGUACACGGACAUCAUCCUCAGAACGGGGAAAUAUCUAAACGUUAUUAGCCAGUGUGGCAAAUCGAUAAGCAAAACGAACACAGAGGACAUUAAGUACUCGCUAAGGGAGCAGAACUACAGCGCCGCUAUACAGAGGGCGUACGCGUUCGCCAGCAAGUCUCUUCUGGAACUGCUGCUCAAGGAGUACGACCUGAUGGGACGGCUCAAGUCGGUGAAGAACUACUUCCUCAUGAGCCAGGGCGACUUCAUCGUCCAGUUCAUGGACGCCACCGAGCAGGAGCUGUCGAAGAAGAUUGACGACAUAAUACCCUCAAAGCUGGAAUCCCUGCUCGGACUUUGCCUCAGGCUCUCAGCGGCGAGCCACGACCCAUACAACGAGGAUAUGCGAGUGGAACUGUUGCCCUACGACCUCCAGUUCCAAAUGUUCAAGAUCCUGUCGAUUGAAACCGAAGACGAGAAAGAGUACAAACAAAACAAGGACUGCCCACCCCUCACGGGUAUCGAAACGUUCUCCUUCGGAAUGGAGGUGAAGUGGCCUGUCUCGCUGGUCCUCAACCACAAGGCCAUCGCGUGCUACCAGAUGAUCUUCCGCCACCUGUUCUACUGCAAGCACGUCGAGAGGCUGCUCUGCAGGGUGUGGCUGUACAACAAGGUGGUGAAGCGGUUCGCGGCGGCGCGGCUGUACGCGGACGCGUUCGCAUUGCGCCAACGGAUGCUCAGCUGCGUGCAGCACCUGCAGUACUACAUGUGCGUCGAGGUCAUCGAGCCCUCCUGGUGCCAGCUCAUUCAGAGCCUGGACAAGGUGAACAACGUGGACGAGGUCCUGGAGAGGCACAACGACUUUCUGGAGUCCUGCCUCGGAGAUUGCAUGCUGACCAGCCCCCAACUCCUCAAGGCGGUCACCACUCUCUGCCUGGUCUGCGUGCAGUUCUGCACCUUCAUGCAGGAGAUGCGCAAGUACUUCGUGGAUGCAGAGCUUAACUGUAUGCUCGGAUCGCCGUAUGACAAUACAGAUUAUAGUGAGGCCUCGGGCUGCGGCGCCAGCGGCGGCUGCUCCGACUCGUUCGGCCGCUCGGUCUCCCGCUACGGGCUGCGCUUCACCGCGGCGCUGCUCUCCGUGCUGGCGAUCAUCGAGCGGAUGGCCAGGGACAACAACACCAACAAACUCCUCAACAUCUCCGCCAGGUUAAACUUCAACACGUACUACGUGAAGCAGCUGGAGAAGUUCUGCUCGGACGACAAGCUUCUGGACGGCGAGAAGAAGGUCACUCCCUCC